GAGCUCGAGGAGGGGGAGCUGGGCCAGGCGGGACAUCCGGCCUCUGCUGCUUCCCUCCUCCUGCCCGGACGGCCCGAACCUUGGCGUCUACAGCUCCGGAUUCGGUAAUGUCCAUUGGCCCCUUCUGGGCCAUUCUGUCUGGCCUGAGCCGGCGCCCCUCGCCCCUCCCAGGCUCGCCUUCCAGACCCCCAUCUCUUCCUCUCGCCCAGCUUCAGAGCCCAGCAGCCUGUACCCUCCCCCUGGCCUAGGCCUGAAGCCGGACUUACUUUGAGCCCCGACAACAGUCCCUAGCUGCCCAAACCUCCGUGUUGUUUCCAAGCGACUGCCCCGUCCCGUAAAAGCCGACUCAAGUUAUAGUUUAAGUAGUGGGAGCAAACCCUAUGUUCCCCCGGCCUCUCACCCCACUGACAGCCCAGAAGGGCCCUGAGCCCCUGGGGCGGCCUUCUAGGAGGAGCCCCCCAGGUGGGGGAAGGGGUCGGGGUGGGUUCGGGGGCCCACCCCUGCUUCUGCCCUCCAUGCUGAUGUUUGGCGUGAUUGUGGCCUCCAGUGGGCUGCUGCUCAUGAUUGAGAGAGGCAUCCUGGCCGAGAUGAAGCCUCCUCCUUUGCAUCCCCAUGGCAGGAUGGACCCAGUUUGGCGGAAGGGAGUAGCCGGAGGUCCAGGGAUGGCGCUGGACCCCGGGGACUCCGACCACCAAGUGCGACAGGAUGUCCGGAAUCGGACCCUGCGGGCCAUUUGUGGGCAGCCAAGCAUGCCCCGGGACCCCUGGGACCUCCCUGCAGGACAGCGUCGAACUCUAUUCCGCCACAUCUUAGUGAGUGACCAGUACCGCUUCCUCUACUGCUAUGUCCCCAAGGUGGCCUGCUCCAACUGGAAGCGGGUCCUCAAAGUCCUGGCCGGGGCCCUGGACAGCGUGGACGUGCGACUCAAGAUGGACCAUCGAAGUGACCUGGUUUUCUUGGCCGACCUGCGCCCAGAGGAGAUCCGGUACCGCCUUCAGCACUAUUUCAAAUUCUUGUUCGUCCGAGACCCAAUGGAGCGCCUCCUCUCUGCCUACAGAAACAAAUUUGGGGAGAUCAGGGAGUACCAGCAGCGCUAUGGGGCCGAGAUUGUCCGUCGCUACCGGCUGGGGGCAGGCCCCAGCCCCGCGGGGGACGACGUCACCUUCCCUGAGUUCCUCAGAUACCUGGUGGAUGAAGAGCCAGAGCGCAUGAAUGAGCACUGGAUGCCCGUGUACCAGCUGUGCCAACCCUGUGCCGUGCAUUAUGACUUUGUGGGUUUCUAUGAGCGACUAGAAGUUGAUGCCAACCACGUGCUGGAGUGGGUGAGGGCACCCCCCACAGUCCGAUUCCCAUCCCGCCAGGCCUGGUAUCGACCAGCCAGUCCCGAGAGCCUCCACUACCAUCUCUGCAAUACUCCCAGGGCCUUGCUGCAGGAGCUUCUGCCCAAGUACAUCCUGGACUUUUCCCUCUUCGCCUACCCGCUGCCCAAUGUUACCAGGGAGGCUUGUCGACAGUGACCAUUCCUCCAGGGGAAACCCUUAUGGAGCCCCAAGACCCACGACUGCCCAGAUCCUGGAGGCAAGGAUCCAGCCAUGGGUCAUCCUUCAAGGGUUCCUUCUGGGGGCUUCAGGCAUCUCCCCCCAGGCGCAGGCCCAGCACUCAGGGGUGACAUCCAAUGGCGCCCCUCAUGCCUCCCUCCGAGCAGGACAAGGGGGCAGCUUUUUCCUUGGAGAAGCAUUCUGAGACUUUCUACUUCUCUUAGGGGCUGGGGUGGGGGUGCCGCAAUCAGAGGAUGGAGACUUUUUUCACUCAGUAUUAACUAAAGGGGCAUUUCUGUGUCCACAGAAAAAGGGACCAGAACUGAGAAGAAAUUUAAGCCCUCCCCCUGCUAGGAGAGACUGGGAGAGUAAAUAAUGUUAGACUUUGAAGUCCUGGAUUCAGAUUUGCCCAAGAGAUGGGCUAGCUUUGUAACCCAGAGCAAGUCAUUCAACCUCUCUGGACCUCAGUGACCUCUCAGGUCUCUUCCAGCUCCAAAUGUGAGCCCCUGAACACAGACCCCCCCUUCCCAGUAGCUGACAGUUGCCCACACCUGCUGCACUUUAUCCCAUGACCAGAACUGGAGGUGACAUUAAUCCCUUUUUAGGGCCAGCCACAAAACCAUGCAAAGCACCACCACCUCUGGGCCAUGCCCUAUAAGUAAGUGCCUUCUGUGCCCUCUCCUUUGCCAGAUUCUGUCUAUUUUUCUACAUCUGCUAGUUCCUGAGCUUUUGAGAGCUCAGCUGGGAAAUACAGGACAGAACCAGAAAAAGAACCAGGUAAUAAUCCCUUUGAAAACUCUUAUCCUUCAAACUCCAUUCCCUAUCACCCUUUCUCUCUUCUCAGCCACAGACAUGGCCUCAAAAGAGCUGAGGGCCCCAUGAGUCUUGAAGUUGCAGACAAUCAAAACUGGCCAAUUGUUGGAGUUUACUUCAUUGUAUUAUUUUAUUUGGGGAGGGAGAAUUUUUUUUCUUUUUUUUAAAGAAAAAAUGUAUUUGCAUGUCCCUAUCCUGAUGAGUUUAUUUAAGAUUUGUACUUCUCAGUGCCAGCCACUGUCUGCAUCAGACAUCCCCUCUGAGGGUUUUUCUAACAGCUGCAUUUUUAAUAAAGUUGUUCUGUCUGCAUAUGGCAGGGUUCCGA